CUCCCAUCUGUGGCUGAAUCAUAAGUGUUUUAGACGCGUCUUUUCCACUGCAGGACAAGUUCAGGCACUAAUUUUUGGGGAAAUGUUUCCUUCUUCGCCGUUCCUAUUUGCUUAGGCUGGGCUCUCCUCACUGAGCUGCUCACGAGUCCGGAGGCGAGGGCUAUUUAAACAAAAUACAAUAGAAGGGCAGGGCCCAGCAACCACUGGAUUCCCACACAUCACUCGUUUUUCCUUGGAGAGCUCUGUCUGUGGGAGGCAAAGUGCUUUCCACGCCUUGCUGGUGCCCCUGGAGGUUUUGACCUGUCUCUGCCCAAGUGUUAACAUCUGGGAAGGUGGAUCGCUGAAGAGAGAUGUAGAUCCUGCUUCCAAGUUGAUUUUUUUUGUUGUUAAACUUCUAGCUCUUUGGACUUUGAGGUGAGGGGAUUGCAGAGGGAGGUCAAGGCAAGGGAGUAGCACAAAGAUUGCCCUAGGGCGUUGAUUUAAGCAUUAAGUCUCUCCCAGGCAGAUGUGUGCAGCUGGUAGAGGACCCGUCUGGGUUUUCUAUAGUUUAGUUUUCUUCCUGUUCCUUGAAUUCUGCUUUUUAACUCAUGCUCCCAGGACAGCUUGCUGCUUGGGUUUUGGAGUGGAAACUUCUUUUGCAGGUGUUUCACUUCUAGUCAAAGCCCAAGGAGAAGAUUGGUCUCUCUUUUGCCUCUGUUGUCUUGAAACUUGGAAGAGGCAGGAGCAGGCUUGAGCAGAGGGAGGUUAGUGCAGGAGCUUCAGGCACGCUUUAUCUGUAGUCCCCAGUGCUUGGGCAGUCACCAUGGUGUUGCUCGUUGUUGUGUAUGGCUUCCUGACAUACUGUCACAUCCACAUGACUUCAGAUAUUCCCUUUCCUUCCUUUGAUUCACAGUCCCAAGGAUAGAAAAUACCAGGGCAGAAAGGUUGAUGUGGCCAGGAGGUACUUGUGGAGGGACCAUGAUCACUUCCUGACCGACUCUGCAGCUGGCCCAUCCAGAGCAUGGGUGUACACAGGGGCUCGGUGGCUUGAGAGCUGGAAUAAUCCUGUUGACCAGUUUAGUGGGUUGUUCAUAAUCCCUGAACUGUGCGUUAAGGGUUAUGGAUAGACGUAUCUUAAAUAGAUUCUCCUGUGCUGAAGAGGGAAAAUGUUCCUUGUGGCAUCUCUCUCUUCCCAUUCAUUUUCUUUUACGAUGGAAAUUCUGCCUGGCUUUAUUCACGACCUUACGGAAGCUCUUUCUGACUCAGACCAGCUCAGCAAAGACUGCCUGAAGGUUAGAGUAAGAGAAGAUUUUGUCAGUGACCUCCCUCAUCGGUGUCAGUGAUGUAAUGCAGGAAGGCACCAGGUGUAUCCUUGAGCUGAGCGAAGUCCUACUAGAAGGAAAUUAUGCUUUCAAGUGAUUGGCGGCCAGGUGUCAUGUGUCAGAUCCUGGGGCUGGAUACUUGUGCAAAUUCUCCACGUCUCUCUAAAAGGUUCUCUGAGUGUUGGUGGCACAGAAGCGCAGCUGGGUGUGCAUGUGGCUGUGACUCCUGCUUCCCAGGAGCCUGAAGUGGUUUAUCCUGAGCUUCUCCUCUGGCUUCUAGCAAAGGUCCUAGUUGAAGAUUAAAAGCAUGAUAUUGAAAAUAAAACUAGGAAAGUUUUAUUUGGUGUUUGGAGCACUCUGUGUGUUUGCAGCAGCUCUGAUGUAUAAAUCAUUUACAGAACAUGGUUCAGUCACGGCAUCACAGUUUUGCAACAGUGUGUUUUCCAUCUUGGUUUACACAAAUGACAUUCUUGGGCUGAGUGCAGGGGAUUUCUCAUUUCAGGAGCCUGAGACAUUCCCAGAAAAACUAAAAGCAAUUACAAAACAUGGUCAUAAUCAUUUGUGGUGUACGUGCCUCAGAGGACAGGCUGGUAGGGGUCUCUCUUCCCUUCCUGUUUCCUUGCUGGAAAACAUAUGGAAAAUGUGAUAACUUCUCUCAAACUUGGCUGAUGUUGUUGGUAUGUUAUUGGUGAACAGGGCAGGCUGUGUAAAAUUAGAAAUGCAUUUCCCACUCACUUCCCACUCACCCAAGGAUGGGGAGUGGAGAUGCAUGCUGAAUUACCGUGGAAAUUCAUUUCUCUGUUGCCCCAGCUGAAGAGUGCUUCAUAGCCAGCCUCAGCCAGGCACACACAUUGUGUCAGGCAGGUCACAGUCCAUUUUAUGGGAUUAUUGUGGAACCCUGAUUCUCUUUUCAUCAGAGGGACGUGAAGCCUCAUGGCAGCAUGAUGGGAAGCUGAGGUCAGCAGCCGCAUGUGGUGGUGAUGACUGUGGAAGCUCUGGCCACAAGUUUAGUGGCUGUGGCCUGAUAAAUGAAUUGGAAGAAGCAGGGGAGCUGUGCACACUUGCUCAGAUAUUAAUGCCAGAUGUCAAGGAAAGGUUUUGAUUAAACUCAUUCUUUUUGUCCGGGAUGUUGCUCUUUCCCAGACUGAGCUGGUGUUCAGCUCUGUGUUCUGGGAAUGGACUGGUUGUGAAAUCCUCCUUGAGAGCUGAGCAGCAGUGAGUGCUCAUUCCUGCAGCAGCAUUUCCUGGGCUUCUGUAGGCUCAGUGGGGCAGGAUGAGGCUGACAGUUGCCAGUAUGGACAGGAAGGGCCCUGCUGUCUUCAUCUCUUUAGCAAAAGGCUGAGAUGGAGCAGUGCUUGACCUCCGUGGGGCUGUGGUUUGCAGGAUAGGAUGAGGAAGGUCAAGGGUCUCAUCUGUUGUUGGUUGCCCCCAGAGAACGCUGCAGCUCACCAGCCAGACCAGAGCAGUGUGGAGCAGGCAUUACUGAGGAGAGGAUAAGGUAUGGACAUCUUGCAGCUGGGAUUUCCAGCCUGUCCCCUCUCCCCAGGUUUUUCGCACAUCCAGAAAGAGCUCAGCUGAAAGAUCUUGUUUCCAGCAGAGCACACUGGGUUUGAUCCUUCUGUUCAAGGACUGUGAGCAGGCAAAGGGUGUUUCACUCUUUUUCAGUGAUCCUUUUGACUGAACAUAUCUUAUCUCUAAAGGAAGUAGUACAACAGUGCUGAGAGGUAGAAGCUUUUUGAGGCCAUCGUGGCGCUGGGACUUUGUUUGCUCAUUGUGUUCCAAGGUAAAGUUUCCAAAUGAGUUAGUGCUUCAAGCAGCAGCAGAGAUUCCUCCUAAGGAAACACAUCUGCAAAGGACUGUGGAGUGCUUUGCGAGCGCUGGGUCUGUGCAUCUGGAGCAGUCAGUGAUUUGUGGGCAUGAGAAAUGUUUGGCCACUUCUGCUAAGAGAAGGAUUUUGAGGGGGAGCUAAAAACUUCCCUUCUAUUCCUGUGCUAGUGAACUCCACUCCGAUUUGUUUCCAGUGCUGGAGGCUCUCUCUUGGGUCAGAUUUAUAUUUCUCACCUCUUCCAAUUAAUUCGGUUGCCUGUUUUCUCAGAGGAGAACUCCUACUUCUUCAUUUGUAUUAGCUUUGCUUUCUUAGGAUUACAUUGGUCCAGAGAGCUUUGAUAUUCUAAGAUAGCAGAUGCACCAGCAAGAUCAAUUUCCAAAAGAAAUAUUGCAUGCAAGCAGUUCACCUGACUAACCAGGGAAGGAGUGAUGCUGGGAGGGCAGGAGGCUUGUGACAUGACCAGUGACUUGGUUGUUUACAUUCUCCCUUGGGGAAUGGAAGGGGAUUUCAGACAUUUGUCAUUAGAUAUUUGGAUUUUUAAGUCUCUGUUAUGUGCCACGCAGUGUGAAGCUGCGCACACACAAACACAACAAACAGUAUUCGGCAAGAGAGCAACAGGCACUGACUGACAAUAAAUAGAUAAAUCUAGUAUGUUAUAUCUUGAAUGUCAGAAUGACUGAGCAAGAUAAAAGCUCCCUUUUGCUGUUGCAGGUGUUUUCCUUUGUUCAGGUAGUCCCUGCUACAGAGGCUUUAUUUGGGAGCAGAACUGGGAGUGAGGGCAGAGAGCUGCAGUUAUCUGCUUCAGCUGGCACUUAAAGAAGCUGAUUUUUGUGCCUUAUGUAAAACAGGAUGAUUGUAGCUAUUGUUUUACUGAAACAUUUUUGGCUUGUGAUUAUUUUUGUUGUUUUUUUUAAUCCAUUGUCUCAGGGAAGGGAAAUCUCCAGGACGGAGCACUGCUUGAAGAAAAACCUUAGCGAGUUCCUUUAUUUUGCACGGGAAAUAAUGUAUGGUUUAGAGGUGGGGUGUACGUUGUCUUUAUGUACUUCCUGGGAGAGUUUGACCUUUGGGUCUUAACUGUUGUUCAUUCUGUCUUUAUCCCACGUAGCAAUACCAGAUGUGGGAAGCAGAGAGGAGGCAUAGGCUGCAGCAUGAUGGACAAACGUCUUUGAAGGAGCCUCUCUUAUUUAUAAUGUAAUGCUCUACUUUCUGUACUAAGUAGAUAAAGAACCUGGCUUGCUCCUUACUGUUCCAAGUCAUGGAAGAACUUCCCCUGCUGCGAUACAGAUCAUGUGUUUAUCUCAUGAAUAGGUUGUUGCCAGCCAGCUUUGCCCUGGUUUUCACAGUUAUCCUGGCUGCUUUCAGAGAAACUUCGACUCCCUCAGUAAAGAAAAUGUAUAUGAGAACAACAAGUUGGCAUUUCGAAUUGCGGAGGAGGAGCUGGGGAUUCCAGCCUUGCUGGAUGCAGAGGAUAUGGUUGCUCUGAGGGUACCAGACAGGCUGAGCAUCCUCACCUAUGUUUCCCAGUAUUAUAACUACUUCCAUGGACGGUCUCCUAUUGGAGGCAUGGCUGGAAUCAAGCGUCCUUCCUCUGAACCUCAGGAGCAGCCUCUUGGGAAGAAAGCUGUUGCAGAGCUUCCUAAGCCAGUGCCUCCAAAAGUGACUCCUGCCCACCCACCAGCCAGAGCUAAGCCAAAAGAAACCUCCCCAAAAGGGGUCCUGGCAGAGAGUGGGAAUAUCCCUAGCAGCAGCUGUGGGAUCUGUGGGAGCCACGUACACCUGGUGCAGCGCUACUUGGUCGAUGGGAAGCUCUAUCACAGGAACUGCUUCAGAUGCAGGCAGUGUUGGAACGUGCUUCUUCCUGGAAACUACAAAGCUGGGCCUGAGCCCGGUACGUUCAUCUGUAUGAGCCACCAGCAGCCAGACAACAUCCAGAUCUCUGGUCUCCGUAGCACUGGGAACAAACCUGAGAGCACCCCAGCCCCUACCACUGCCAGGGCAUUCCAGAAAGCAGCAGAACCCAAGAAACCAGAGCAGGUGUUGAAGAAACCCAGCCAGGAAGGACUUGCUAAUUCAACCAAGCCAUCUGUUUCAUCUUCUGGAAGCUGUGGUUUCAAGAGUGUAAAUACUCCAUGGUCCUCUUCAACUGUAAAUAAAUCGUAUGACUGCAAAGGUACCGCGUUAGGAAAUAAAACAGAUCACUGCAGAGGUACCCCCUCAGGGCCUCUUUGGACAACCUCCACAACAAAAAUGCAGCAAGCCCGAGAAAAUUUUUUUCGGUCAUUAGAGUCCUCCAGCAAUAAAACCUGUGAUACUGAAAACCAGGUCCCUUCUUCCCAUGGUCCUGGUAAAACUGCCUCUGCCAGAACCACUGCUGAGAUCAGUCCAGUGAAUGCUGAGAAGGAUCAGGCACGUAACUGUAUUAUACAGGCUCUGGCUGGAUCAAAUACCCCUCCAAGCAGGCUGGGAGGACUAAAUUCCACUGGGUCCUCAGCAUCCAGCAGUGGCAAGUUUUCUCCCACCAGUUCUCAGUGGCAGAGUCAAGCUCCAAAAGCACAGUCCAACAAAACAGAGUACAGACCACUAAAACCGGAGAAGAUUACAGACCCUCUGCCCAAGAGCCAGACUGCCAGCAAAUCUGUUGACUCUGUGCACAAGCCAGAGUCAAAAGGCAUCAAAGGAAGCAGGGAUGCUGGUGAAGAAAAGUCUGAGAGCCCAGCAGAGUGGAGAUCUCGGUUGAAGCCUGUAGCCAACAAAGACCAAGGUGGCUCUAAGAAACCUACUGAUAACUCCCAGGUGGGAACAGGGAGCCCAGCACAAAAGGAGACAAAGCCAAGUGCAUUAAUUGUCCCAUCAGCAAAGCAGGACUCCGCUUCAUCUGGUGGAUUUACGAAGAAGAAGUUGAUCCCCAGCUCAGAUCUUAUCAGGAGCUGUCAGAAUUCAGAGCAAGCCUGGAAAGAUCCUGUGGGCUCUGCCAAGAAUCUGAAAGAAGAUGGCAAUCAACUGAAGAAAAGCGUGGCCACAUUUAAACCCUCUGUUCCGAAAAGCAUCCAGAGCCCUGAAGCAGUGUCCCCAACUAAGCUGCACCCGGACUACCUCCCUGAGGAGGAAAUCCAGAAGAAGGUGUGUGACAUCGAGAAGCAGCUGGAUGAGCUGGAAUUGAAAGGAGUGGACCUGGAGAAGCAGCUGCGUGGCUGUGAGGGAGAUGAGUCUGAGGAUGCCCUCAUGGUGGAUUGGUUCAAACUGAUCCAUGAGAAACAGCUGCUACUCAGACAGGAAUCAGAACUGAUGUACAAGAUGAAACAGCAGAAGCUGGAGGAGCAGCAGUGGAACAUUGAGACGGAGCUGCGACGCCUCAUGAGCAAGCCAGAGGAACUGAAGACAGCCAGAGAGAAGGAGCGAGAGAAGGAGCUGCUGCAGUCGUACCUAAACACUGUCAAUGAUCGGAAUAGCAUUGUGGAGUGCCUGGAUGAGGACAGGCUCAGAGAGCAAGAGGAGGACCAGAUGUUGGCAGACAUGAUCCAGAGGUUGGAUGGAUCUCUCGAGAGCCAGGAGACGGAGAAGAAGAAGAACAAGUUCUGCUUGUCCAAAAUAUGGAAGCAGAAAAAUAAGAGUAAAGCACAGGAGUGAUGUUCCCCUGCCCAGUGGUCCAGAGUGGGAUGUCAUAGGGGUAUUCCUUCCUCACUGGUGCUUUCCUGAAGUCAUGCAGGACUGUGAUGAGGCUUUUCCACUCUGACAUGGAGACUGCAGGUUUGUGGACCAAAGGGACAGUGUGUAUCCCCUCUGGCCUUGGGCCAAGGACACCUGGAAGAUUGACUUUUAAGACUUUUCCUUCUUUGGAUCUAGCUCAAAAGCUGGCUUCAGCUCAGGAGGGCAGAGCUCGAUUUGCCAAUCCGGUGCCUGGGUCCUUACAGUCCUGAGUGCAGGAGCGUGGCACUGCGUGUUGCCCCAUGGUGGUCUGCUCAUGCCAGUGGGGGAGGACACUGCGCUGCUCUGUGAAAAGGCAGCUCUCCGUCCCUCCUUCUCUGUGUUUGCUGUGGCUCUUUGGCCACGAUUGGAGACAGACCGGGAAGUGAUGUGGGCCACAAGAGAUCAAGGGCCUCCCCUUUAUUAUGCCAGUGCAAACGGGAGCAGCAGACUCUACAGCCAGGGCAGGCAGAGAGCAGAACCACCUCUGCAUAUAUGGGAUGGGAUGUCCUAGACUUGGAGGGGUUUCAGGAAUAGAGCUGUUUCCAGACCUCCUUUUGUGAGGUGCUGUAGUUUCUCAAAGCCAUGAGAGGUGCUCACUGCUUCGUUCCCUCUGUGGGGGAGAUUUGUAGCUUUCUUAUUUUUUUGGCUGCACAGUGAAGCAGGAUUUUAUUGUCUGUGGCCCAUCUUGAUGAAAAUGAACAGGUCUCCUAUUAACAACCUGUUGCUAACUGGAAGCAGAAGGACAUUAAUGACAUUAACGGAUUAGCCUCACUCAUGAGUCUUCUGCAUGGGACCAACAUUCCUGAGGCUCCUUUCCUGGACAGCCAGCGCCCUCAAGGGGUGCUGCAGUUCACCUUGGUGGGACUAGGAGAGCGCAGCAGGUCCUGGGUCCUGAGUGACUGCAGCCAGACAUCUGCCAUGGAUGGCAGCAUCGUCUCUUCCCAGUCAACCUGGGGAACAGGGAUGGAGACAGGAAGGGAAAGAUCAGAAUAAUUCAUGAUGCCUCUAGCUCUGGACUAUGUAUGGACUUCACUGUGCUUCCUUCCACACUCCAUGCCAGGUACCUUGAGGUUCCUCUGGGUCCUGUUCUCUAGCAGGGCCCGGGAUUUUGCAGGAAAGAGGUUUGCUGCCCAUUGUGCCCUCUGGCAAGGCAGAGACGAUGCGUCCCUUACCCACGAGGUGGCAGUGGGACUCUCUGUCCCAGGCAGGCUGCCCUGGGCACUGCAGGGUGUGCUUGGUGAGAUACCGAGUGCCUGAGGGACUUCCUGGUGCCCACAGUGUGUGCCCUGUGUGUGUACAUGUGGUGGGUCACCCUCUGCCUGCAUAUGCUUUUGUCCAAUAAAGAACUGUUGGUGCAAAUUUCA